CCAAACCAGUGACAACUUAGCAUCAUCAUAUCCUACUAGACUCCAGCACUAGCUAGCAGAGAUUCAUCACAGAUUUACCUAGCAUGGGCAUGGUUGUCCUACAUCAGACUGAAGUUUCAUCUAGUACUGUCUCUGGUAGCCCAAAACCCCCAGAAUUUAGGGAACUACACAAGAGCAGUGGUGGGCAGUAUCUUUUUGUGAAUCUCUUCCAGUAUGCAGGAAGCUGUGGGUGUAUGAUUUCUUGAGGAACAUACUGCCCCUCUAUGCAUGCAGGGGAUUAUUUUUUCUGUGAACAAAUAAGUUUAAUUUCUGGGUAACCCUGAGCCACUGGCUUUCACACACUGUGUGGCUGUUCAAGCACGGACUGCAAAGAACACACAGCCUGUGCGUGCUGUUGGGCUCUGUGCCAAACUUCCCAGUGACCACAGCAAGGAGUCCCUCUGGUUGUCUCUUUUUGGGGUGAGGGAUCUCAGCCAAGAUGGUCAAUUUUCCUGCAAGAGCUCUGUCAUACCUCUAUUCCCCUUUACAUUCCCUGCAUGUUUGCUAAGGCAUAGAGGCAUUUCACCAGGAUUUAUUUCUAGGCAACUCUCCCCAACCUUUUCCCUCUGCCUCUCACUUUUACUCAGCUUCCCCAUUUCCACCAACUUGUUGUUUUUACAUAAUGCUGCUGUAACUUUCGACGGGAUGAAGACCUGCCUCUGCUUCUCCUUUUUGGAGUAAGCAAACUGCCCAAAAGCCUGGAGUGUCUGCAAGCUGCAGAAAAUCCUGUGCCCAGUCCAGUGUGGAUGUUUGCAGUCCAGUUACAAAAGCCCCGUGUUUGCAUUAUGUUAAUCCCCUGGCUUUGGCUACUCUGGCCAGGCAGAACCUAUUGCAGCAUGGAGAAUGACAUCAUUUGGAAAAAGGGCUGCUGCAUGAGGCUGCCAGAAGCUAUGCAGCAUCCCUCCCCUUUUAUAGGGGAUGGCUGCUCCAUCUCAGCAGGAGAAGGCUGCUUUAUCAAUUGGAAUAGUUUUAGUGACUGUAGAAGAUGUAACACGAUGCAGUGCAGGACAAGGAGAUGUGUGUAACCCUCCUCUCUGGCAGGCUGCAGUAGUGAUACAAUACCAUAAAUCCUGUGAUUUGUUCAUUAAGCUCUGUGACCUAGAGAUUUGUCUCAUCUUAAUGCAUACAUUGUUUUUUACUUCCCUAAUUUGCCUUUUACAAAUGGUGGCAGGAAUACCAGGAAAGCGUAACUGAUAUGGUGCUGCAUGCAAGCUCACCCACGUGCUACUUGUGAUCUGCGCAAGGAGCUGCAGAGACAUAAAAUGCAGGAUGACUGGGCUGCUUAGUGAAUGCUUCCAGCUCACUAAUGCUGAAAUGCCAUAAAGCAUCCUGCAUUCUGAAACAGCACAUGACUCUCAGCAUCGCCAUUCUGCCCGAUUCUCCCCUUAUGGACGCAGUUACAAAAACGGCAGCUAAGCACAGACGUAUCCCUGGCAUGCCGUCAGGCAGCCUUGCUGGAGGAAGAUUUUUUUUCCCCCUGCAAGCUGCCAAGGUGGACUCCUUAGCUCCUGCGAUAGACUGAAUGAGACUGCAGUUCCCCCAUCAGUUUCAUAAUACUCAGAAAGCAUCCAUUUACAUCAUUGUGUGCAGUGCAGGGCAGCAGCUGCCAGGAAAUUUGAAACUAUUUUGAUUCCAGUUGACUAGAACAGCAGCAAUUGAAUUAGCUGGUAUCGCUAUAGAUAAACUGAUGAUCUUUGCAUUUUAUUUCUUUGACCAAUGGGUAACUGCUGGAGCUACAGUAACCUCUGUAGUGGCCGUGGAAGCAGCAGUUUGCCUCCUCAUACCAUCAUCAAUGAAUUUCCAGAGUAUGGCACUGCAGAGUCGAGCAGACAAGCACCAUCGGCUCCAUCGACGUGCCAGGCUGAGCCUGUGACACGCAGUCCAGAAAGACGGGACAGUCCCCAAUGUGUCAGGCCUACUCCUCAGUGUGCAGCUCCUGCUGGUAAUUUGAGGCCUGAUGCAGGGGCAGUGCAGCUUCACACCCCAGAAAAAGGUUUGCAACCCACCGGUAAUCUGCCAGAGAUCAUGAAAAUCUCUCGACAGCUAGAAGCAACAAAGGUGCAAGAAAGAGCAAAUACUUCUCUCGAUUCAGAGACGCAAAUGGAAAAAAAGAGUGUUAUUGGCAGCCAAAAUGUGCCGGCAGCCAGAGAGCCAGUUCCAGCAGGCCAAGAAAAACUCUCAGACGUGCUUCUUCCAUCUGAAGGAACAGCUGAGGAAAAAAAGUAUUUGAUCAUAGAGAAAGAUCUGUCUUCAGUACGGGCUGGAGAAAAGCAGUCUGAAUCCUCACAAGCCAUAAGUAAUAAAGCAGAGGAGGUCCACAGAGCUCAGGAACCAAGCUGUCACAAGCCAUCUGUGACAAACCUGGAAGCAGUCAGCAGACUGGAGAGGGGGACACGUUUUGAGGAGUUUUCAGAGUACAGUCAAGGCAAAAUGCAAACAGGUACCGAGAGAAGGCUUGCUAAAGAGGCAGCUGUGAGUAAACAUGUAGAAUUUCAAGGUGUGGAGAUCUUAUGGCUGCAAAAAGCUGAGGAGCAGAGAAGAAAGAAGCACUCACUGCUGGACUCUGUGUCUGUGGAGAGGAAGGCAUUGUGCAAAACAUCCAGCCACCCUGUGUCACCAAUGAUCUCCCCAGCCUUGCUUUCCUUGCCAGACAGUGCAUGGAGUGAGGUCUGUGAAGACACGAGGCUGGAACCUGCUGCUUCUGGAGCCACUCCUCUACCACUGCUCGAAGAAGGCAGGAAGGAUGAAGUUUCUGUGAAGGGGAGGAAGAACUGUGAUGAGGAGGAGAUGGCUAUGCUUGCAAGAGGCCAGGGCAGGAUGGUGGAGGAGCGGGAAGCCACCACAGGAGGAUAUGAAGAUUUCCUUGGGCAGAGGCACUCUGACGUCUCCACUGAUCUGUACAGCUCACAGUUUGAAAACAUCCUAGACAAUGCAUCUUUGUACUACAGUGCAGAAUCUCUGGAGACAUUGUACUCGGAGCCCGAUAGCUACUUCAGCUUUGAGAUGCCACUCACUCCCAUGAUCCAGCAGCGCAUGAAGGAAGGUGGACAGUUCUUAGAUAGGACAUCAGUCGUGGGGCAGACAGAUGUCCCUGACAGGGAGGUGAAGGGAUGUGGUGAAGGCAUCGCCAAUGGCUUAAGGGAUGUAAGCGAAACACUCUUCAAAGGAGAUGUCACAGAAGUCCCUCAUCUGGAAAGCAAUCUUGACCUACAGAAUGUGGUGUUAGACUCCAGUGCAGCGAUGGGGAGCAGUGAACUUGAGGAGAAAGAUGCCACUGGAGCCCUUGUCCACGACCUCAGCAAUGGCAGCCACAGCAAUUUGGAAGCAGCCAGGCGCCUGGCUAAGCGCCUCUACCAUCUGGACAGAUUCAAACGCUCUGAUGUGGCAAAACAUUUGGGUAAAAACAAUGAAUUCAGCAAGCUUGUGGCCGAAGAAUAUCUUAAAUUUUUUGACUUCACAGGCAUGACGCUGGACUGUUCACUCAGGAGUUUCUUUAAAGCCUUUUCACUUAUUGGAGAAACUCAGGAACGAGAGAGAGUUUUAAUCCACUUCUCCAGCAGAUACUACCAGUGCAACCCAAACGCCAUUUCUUCUCAAGAUGGAGUUCACUGUCUCACGUGUGCCAUGAUGCUGCUGAACACAGACCUCCAUGGCCAUAACAUUGGGAAAAAGAUGACCUGCCAAGAAUUUGUUGCUAACCUCCAGGGGAUGAAUGAUGGCAAAGACUUCCCGAGAGGGCUCUUGAAGGCCCUCUACAAUUCAAUCAAGAAUGAAAAGUUGGAAUGGGCAGUGGAUGAAGAAGAGAAAAAAAAAUCUCACUCGGAUGGUACAGAUGAAAAGGAUAAUGGGAACCAGACAAAGGCUGUCAGUCGAAUUGGCAAUUCAAAUAACCCAUUCCUGGACAUCCCUCAUGACCCCAAUGCUGCCGUGUAUAAAACUGGAUUUCUGGCUCGGAAAAUCCAUGCAGAUAUGGAUGGAAAGAAAACUCCCCGGGGAAAGCGAGGCUGGAAAACCUUUUAUGCUGUGCUGAAGGGAACGGUCCUGUACUUGCAGAAGGAUGAAUAUAAGCCAGAAAAGGCUUUGUCGGAGGAAGAUCUGAAGAAUGCGGUUAGUGUGCACCAUGCGCUGGCAUCCAAGGCAACAGACUAUGAGAAGAAACCAAAUGUCCUCAAGCUUAAAACAGCAGAUUGGAGAGUCCUGCUUUUCCAAGCCCAGAGCCAAGAAGAAAUGCAGACCUGGAUCAACAAGAUUAACUGUGUGGCUGCUGUCUUCUCUGCACCACCAUUUCCAGCGGCCAUUGGUUCUCAGAAGAAGUUCAGUCGCCCACUCCUGCCAGCCACCACAACAAAGCUAUCUCAGGAUGAACAGCUGAAGUCCCAUGAAGCUAAGCUGAAGCAGAUCUCCACUGAGCUUGCUGAACAUCGCUCCUAUCCUCCUGACAAGAAGCUCAAAGGCAAGGAAGUAGAUGAUUACAAACUGAAGGACCACUAUCUGGAGUUUGAGAAAAAUCGCUAUGAGAUUUACGUUGGCCUGCUGAAAGAAGGGGUGAAGGAGCUGCUGAGUGGAGGAGAGAACGAUGCGCCAGGACUGAAGAAAUCCCACUCAAGUCCUUCUUUGAAUCAGGAGUCUCCAGUUAGUGCCAAGGUGAAACGCAAUGUCUCAGAGAGGAAGGACUACAGGCCAGAAACACCCAGCAUUAAGCAGAAGGUCACUUAGGGUGGAAAUGACAACUAGGGGAACAGCCAUGCAGCAAAGUAUUGGUGGUCAAAAUUUUUUCAUUUAAUAACCUGUCAUUCACAAAAAAUAAGUGCAUCUGCCUGAAUGGGGUGUUAGUGACAUUUUCUAUUGUAUAUUUUGCUGUUUCUGUGCAGAUUGUGGGAGAUGUCUUUGCUCCUGCUUUGCUUUGCUUUGUUAAUUUAUCAUUUAGCAAUUGAAGCAUCGGGACUUUUUUGUGUUAUUCUGUUUCUAAAGGAGCUGGGGAAGGGGUAGAGAGCUGUGACGUUUAUUCUGUCUCCUCCCCAUUUAUCUCCUCCCAUCGGCAUGUGGCUUUCAUCUCUCAAGUCACUUGUCACUUUAUUUACGUGGUGGGUGGGAAAAAUAACUGGACAAGCGCUGCAGUGCUAUGAAUGUGAGCUGUAGCUGUGAGAAAAGCUGUGCAAACAUGCAGCUGCAGAAGGCUGACUAUAGGGUAGGGUGCUGGGAGCACUAGUUUCCUGACAAUGUAAGGCAUGUUGGUACUGGUACUGAGCAGCAGGUGGUACAGUAAAUAGUCACUGUUGCUUAUUGUUACUGCAUUGACCCGGGACACUUUGCGUGUGUGAAGGAAUGAACCUGGAAACCUCUGGCAAUGCUGAGAUGAUGGCAUUGGAAUAAUUUGUUUGCUUCCUCCCAGGCAGGGAGCUUUCUCCUGAGUUUGCAGCCUGGAAGGCAUCCAAACCAUGCUGUCUCUGCAGUCAGGAAGAUUAGGGAUUACCCAGUUGGAAUGGCUAUCUGGGCUUCACAUUUAUUUGCAGAGAAGGCUGCUGUAGAUGUCAGCCAUUAGCAUUAUAUAUUAAUUAUAUAUAUUAAAGACAAAGGGCCUCUGUGUAGUUUUUAACUAUACGCUCUCACUUAGCUGCUAUAUAGAGCCUUAUGAUAUAUUGUGUCCUGUCGCUUCCCCUUCCGGGGGUUUCCUUGUUGGUGUGCAAAGAGAGCUGCUUUCAAUUCCUCUCAUAGUGACAAAGCACUUUGCCUUUUUUCUUCAGAACGGGAUUCUCCUCAGUUCUCCAUUUUCCUUCUUUAGCUCACAUAUAGGUGGAAGAGGCUGGUGCCUCCCCACUGUUCCUGCUUACCCUGUGCCAGAUUUUCCAAGGGGAGCACAGAUCUGGGAGAGACCACCAUGGGUAGGUCUUUCCAUACCUGAAAGGUACACUCUAUGCCCUGUUUGUGCCAUAGACCCUUGGGGUGGCCAGCAGUUUUUCAGGCACAGAGAGGAGAAAGAUGACAUAGAAAUAAUUUUCCUACUUCCCAGCCCCUCUUGUCUGGGCAGUGUCAUGGAUCUGCAGAGAGUGCUGGCUCUCCUGUUACCCAGCUUGUUACCUGAGUUUUAAUCUCAGUUUUUAUACUGGCCCACAAGGUGAGCUUGGACAGGUCUCUCCCAUUUUAUGUCAUCCUUUCCCUAUAUGAAGUAGUACUACCAAACUGGCCUUUCCCACAGAGCCCCUUGGAAGAUAAUGUUGAGGGCCAGUUGAAAACUGCUCCUUGCUCUUUGUUCUGUUGUGCCUGGCACAGGACAGCCUUCUUGUUGAAUGCAAUUCUUGAUGCAUAUAGAAAUGUCAAGAUCAAUGCAAGGACUGUUUAGAAAUGCACUGGUGUUUUCAGCCCAAGUAGUCAAAGGGCCAUACAUCAAAAAAAUUGCUAUCUGAGUGGAUGUGUGUUCUGUCUGGCUUCCCAAGGGUCCAAGUCAAUUCAUCUAGUUUUAUUGAGCUGCCAGUCCAGUGGGCAGAACUAAGAGUGAUCAAAGAGAAAACGCCCUUAACAGCCACUGCAUGACUUGCCUUCCCUACUGAGUACCACCAUGCAACAGCUUUUGUGGUGUUGUGCUGU